UGGCCCGGCCCAUAAGAAGUCGAUUCUCCUGAAGACUGGAAAGGAUUGGUUACUUACUCCUCCAAUCAGUUGCGGGGCUACUGAAGUAUUCGGUAAAACUGUAUUUUCGCAUCAUCAAGCCACUGAUCCGACUCUUUCAAUCUUGUCAUCGCUGCUUUGGUAGAAGCAUUUUGAUCAUUGAACAAUGUCUGCGGUUUCUCCUAUUCCGAGUGAGACGUACAAGCUAGGGUUCAUCGGAGCUGGUAAGAUGGCGGAGAGUAUAGCCAGAGGCGUUGUCAAAUCCGGUGUUCUCCCCGCUUCACGUAUUAAGACAGCUCACAAAGGCUCUCGCCGCGCCGCUUUCGAGUCCUUCGGUGUCGGUGUUGCUGAACACAACAACCAGGUUGUUGAAAACAGUGAUGUGGUGAUUUUCUCUGUGAAGCCACAAGUUGUUAAAGAUGCUGUGUUGCAACUGAGGCCUCUCCUAUCUGAGAAAAAGCUUCUGGUGUCAGUAGUUGCUGGUGUCAAAUUAAAAGAUCUUCAGGAAUGGGCUGGUCAUGAUCGAUUUAUUAGGGUUAUGCCAAAUACCCCUGCUGCUGUAGGUGAAGGAGCAUCUGUUAUGAGCAUGGGAGCAGGAGCAACACAAGAAGAUGGUGAAAUAAUUGCAAAGUUAUUUGGAGCGGUUGGUAAGAUAUGGAAAGCCGAUGAGAAACUCUUUGAUGCAGUCACAGGCUUGAGUGGGAGUGGGCCAGCUUAUAUAUUUCUGGUCAUAGAAGCUUUAGCGGAUGGUGCUGUUGCUGCAGGUCUACCACGGGAACUUGCUCUUAAUUUGGCCUCUCAAACUGUUUUGGGGGCAGCGAGUAUGGCUAGGGAGACUGGGAGGCAUCCAGGACAGCUGAAAGACGAUGUGACAUCGCCAGGUGGCACGACAAUUGCUGGGAUUCAUGAGCUGGAGAAGUCAGGAUUCCGUGGGAUUUUAAUGAAUGCGGUUGUUGCUGCUGCAAAACGUAGCCGUGAGCUUUCACAAAAUUAGUUUUUUAUUUUUUAUUUUUUAUUUUUAUUUCAUGGUAGAAACAUAUUAUGCAUAAUUAAUGAAUUAAAGUACGUUGCUAUUUUCGGCUAGUUUUUUUUUUUUUUUUUUGAGAGAUUGAAUAAAGAUUGGCCUUUGGUAUUAGUUCAUGAUGGAUGUCCAUGCUUUCUGGUAGGGGCAGUUUUGUAAAAUUGUUUCGACAUCAGUAGAUGAUUUCCAAUGAUAGCAUUAAUGUCUUCUUUAUUUUCAUAUCUGAUUGCUUUCUGGUAGGGGCAGUUUUGUAAAGUUGCUUUCUGGUUGGUUUUAUCCAAAUUUCAUUAUCAAAAAACCAUUCAGGUCCGCUGGAUUUUAAAACCAUUAUGGGUAUUAACCAACGGAAAGUAAGAAAAACAUGCACAAGUACAACAAUGAUAAGAAUACACAUAUCCAAUAUUCCAAGAAAUACAUGCCAAAACAUUCUACAGACUGUUUCAAAGUGGGAUGAAUAUUUCAACUGCAACUACAACUACAAAAGCAUACAUGUUGACCCUAAAGAUUUACAGUUUAUGUUUUACAUAAAAGAAACAUUGAUAUAUGUACAAAAAAUCCAUAUCUGAAAAUAAACUUGCAAAACUCGCCUACAAACAUGGUUCUUCUAUGACAAUUCACAACCAUUGCUGAUGAAGGUUGAAUACAAUGUUAUAAUUGGGUAAAAAAAUUAUCACUUAAACAUGCCCAAAUAUUCCAAGACACCCUUUUUUUGGUAUCCUGUAAUCUUCUGCAAUUAAGACUAAAGCUCCAGUUUCAGAUCACAUGCACUGUCACUAUUGC